CGGCUCCCUGCGCCCCGCGCGCGCCCGGCCGGCCGACUCCUCACCUGGAGCGACAGGUGUGCGCGUCUCGGAGCCGACCUCCCGGGCCAGCGAGAGUGAAUCAUGGAGCUACGCGUGGGAAACAAGUACCGCCUGGGACGAAAGAUCGGGAGUGGGUCCUUUGGAGACAUCUACCUGGGUGCCAACAUCGCCUCUGGUGAAGAGGUGGCCAUCAAGCUGGAGUGUGUGAAGACGAAGCACCCACAGCUGCACAUCGAGAGCAAGUUCUACAAGAUGAUGCAGGGAGGAGUGGGGAUCCCGUCCAUCAAGUGGUGCGGGGCGGAGGGCGACUACAACGUGAUGGUCAUGGAACUGCUGGGGCCCAGCCUGGAGGACCUCUUCAACUUCUGCUCCCGCAAGUUCAGCCUCAAGACGGUGCUGCUCCUGGCGGACCAGAUGAUCAGCCGCAUCGAGUACAUCCACUCCAAGAACUUCAUCCACCGCGACGUCAAGCCCGACAACUUCCUCAUGGGCCUGGGGAAGAAAGGCAACUUGGUGUACAUCAUUGACUUUGGCCUGGCCAAGAAGUACCGGGAUGCCCGCACCCACCAGCACAUCCCCUACCGGGAAAACAAGAACCUGACUGGCACGGCCCGCUACGCCUCCAUCAACACGCACCUGGGCAUCGAGCAAAGCCGUCGCGAUGACCUGGAGAGUCUGGGCUACGUGCUCAUGUACUUCAACCUGGGCUCCCUGCCCUGGCAGGGUCUCAAAGCAGCCACCAAGCGCCAGAAGUAUGAGCGGAUCAGCGAGAAGAAGAUGUCAACGCCCAUUGAGGUCCUCUGCAAAGGCUACCCCUCCGAGUUCUCCACAUACCUCAACUUCUGCCGCUCCCUGCGGUUCGACGACAAGCCCGACUACUCCUACCUGCGCCAGCUCUUCCGCAACCUCUUCCACCGGCAGGGCUUUUCCUACGACUACGUCUUCGACUGGAACAUGCUCAAAUUCGGGGCUUCUUCGAGCCAGGCUCAGCCCCGGGACAGCGAAGCUAUUGCAGCACCCCGCCCCCGCCCCUGGCCCUAUGCCGGGCCCCCGUAUCCAUCCACAUACUGGUGCCCGGCGAUCCUGGGCACCCAAGGCCCCCCAGAUAGGCCUGUGGAGGAGAUGCCCCCUCAAAACUACUGGCCUGUGGUCUGGACUCCAGGGCCCCAGUUCUGACAUCACCAGUGUGCCUGAGCCUGAUAGGGCCAGGCAUGAGGAAAUGUCCCUUGGGAUGGUGGGGGCACCCAUUCCUGAGGUGGCCCUGUGGUGGAGAGUAUUGGAAAAGGCCCUACUUGGGAUCCUCAGGAAUGAACCAGCUGCCUGAGGCCAGGACGAGCCCGAAGAAAACUGUGGCCCUGCCUGGGGCCUGUUAGGCCCUGGACCAGGACCAGGACCAGGCCCCGUGGGUGGCCUCUGUGUCGAAACUGAGCUCAUUAAAUGUCUCCUGCCUUCGUCCUGGUUUGCUUCUUUUACAUCGUGUCCCUCGGUGCUCCACCAGAUGCCAAGGGCCAAGGCCGGGUCCUUCUGAAUGCUGAGGUUGGCGUGUUGGUCCUGGGUUUCUCUUCUUCUUGGGUCCCAGGCAGAAGAUGGCCAUCUCGCAGGUCAGGGCUUUGAGGAGAAGGCUGUGUUGCCCUCCUCUGUGAGGGCAGAGAGGGAGAUGGGCAUUGAGUUCCUUCCAGCUUAGAGCAUGACUGAGUGCCUGGGCACCCAGGCACCCCUUCCUCCUGCAGUGCGUUUCAGGGCCUCGGACACCAGACCCUUGCCCUAUAGGAAGUUGUCCCCGAGUCUGGUUCUGUGAUGGACUUAGUUCUUUGGCUCAGCCCAGCUCUAAGAAAGGGCUUUGCAUUCUCUUGGACUGUGACGUCCACUUCCGUAACUGCUGGUUACAUGGAGAGUUUAAUUAGAGUUAAUCAAAAUGGAAAAUGCAGUUCCUCGGUCACAUUCGCCACAUUCCAAGCUCUUGGGAGCCACGAGAUAGUGUCUGCUGCAUCCAAUGAGACAGAUGUGAGCAUCUCUGUCGUCCUGGGAAGUUCUGUGGACAACGCUGUUCUAGAUGGCUCCUUGACAGUUCCCCUUGUGGGACUGACCAGCAAGAAGAUGUCUUCUCAAGCUGGGCCAGGCACUCCUCCCCCUUGCUGGCACUCUGACUCCAUUCCUGGGGUCCCCUUUGAGUCAGGUUCUGGAGUCCGAAGCUAGGCAGGGCCACUGAUAGUCUCAUCCAUCACCGACGUCUGCAACAUCACCUCCGCGUGAGCCCCAGGCAGGAGCAGCCACAUGAUGUGCAGUGGGGACCAUCCACAGCCUUCCCCCAAGACCAAGACCCCCACACAUACCUUGCAGGAAGCCAUACCAGCUGGCAGGACUCCAUGCUGGGCACCAUGGGCAGUGACUCUCCCAUGAUCUUGACCUUGACCUUGGAGGAGCCUAUCUGUGUUCCUCGGCAUGAGGGCAUUGGAAUUCCUGGACACCUGAACCCUGGGAUGCAGUCGGCACGUGUUCUCAGGACAAGCCACCGACAGGAGGAAGUUUCACACAGCCCAGGACAGACGUCCACGCAGCAGGGGCGGAUGCUCGGAUGUUGACAGUUUUAUGUUUUCUUAUGGGCAAAUAAAGGCCAGAAAAGCUC